GUAUGAGCACAUUCUUAUGGAGCCUGACCCAGUACCAGCAUAUGCUCUGAAACUUCUAGUUGCGAUGACUGAACACAACCCAACUUAUACCAGGACAUGUGUGAGAUUGCCUACUUCUCUACAACCUUGUCAUCAGAAUUUGUUAUUAAACUUUGAAAUUUGGCCAAUAAGACAAAUAAGACUUGUGGAAGAAAGCAGACUGAUCCCACUCAUUUUUGAAGUAAUUCUGGAACAUCAGGAAAGCAUGCUGGGUAACACUAUGCAGAGUGUGAUUGCAUUACUCAACAAUCUUGUUACCUGCAAAGAUUCAAAUAUGAAGCUACUUUAUGAACAAGGACUUGUCAGUCACAUCUGUAACAUGUUCACUGAAACUGCCACACUGUGCUUGGAUAUGGACAACAAAAACAACGAGUUGGCAACCACACUGCUGUUUUCCCUGCUUGAUAUUUUGCACAGCAUGCUGACCUACACAUCCAGUGUCGUACGGCUGGCUCUGCAGUCCCAGAAGUCUGGCUCGGGAGGGGACACUCAGGCUGCGGAGGACCUGCUGCUGCUCAGCAAACCCCUGACAGACCUCAUUAGACUGCUCAUUCCGCUG